UUUAAAAUGUUUCUUUAUUUAUAAAGAUUUGCAUUGUACACAAUUUAGUGAACAUCUUUUGAAUUUAGAAUCAGAACCAAAUGAUCACAACCAUUUGUUUACCUUUGAAAUUACAACUGUUCUGCAUUUCCUUGAGUACAAAGAAGACUCCUUUUUCCAAAUCCAUUUUCUCCCUCUACAAAAUGUACAAAUUAGUGACUCAAAAUUUGAUCACCUCCUAUUUUGCCUUCAUACUCACCUACCCAUGCACUUUUAGCUACCAUCUCCAAGUUGAUGAUUCCCAUAUCUUGCUGUCCAGACUCUUUUUGGUCUCAUGCCUUUGACAGUGUUUUUGAAAUCUUUCCUCACCAGUUCAAAAUCAACAUGUAAACACCCACUGCAUUUCUCCAGCUGUGUCAAAACUUCCAUUGUCCUGCUCAUCACCAAGUGCAAAACAGUGGUGUCACAAUAAACGUUGCUCUCUCCUACUCUAGACAAUUGCCAUAUCCUGUCAAUUCUUCCUUUACAAGAUCUCUAAAACUCAUUCCUUCCUCUUCACCCCCACUGCUAAGACACCUGUUCAUGCUUUGGUCACCUCUAACUUUUCAUCCUGAAACCUCCAUGUUUAUGGACUCCUGUUCCUCACUUCAUUCCUCUACUGUAUUUCCAAACUACUGCUGCUGCUAAAACACUCUCACAUUCCACUUGGAUCACGUCACUCCCUUCUACAGAUCCUUUCAAGGGCUUUCCUCCUCCUUUUUGCAUCAUUAUCAAAUUUCUCAUCUUCAAGGUUUAGCACAGCUCUGUCCUUGCCUACAUCUUCGGUCUCUUGUCCCCCUAGUCCCAUUCCAUUAACUUCUGCUCAUCCUAACCCUCCUUCCUGAAUGCCCUCUUCUGUAUCCUUCUCCCAUCUCAUCUUCAUGCCUUUUUUCCUUCUUGGCCCAGAUUAUAACUCACUCACUCCCUCUCCUUCUUCACCUAAUGUCUUUCCUCUUUUCAUUCUCAUUGGUCUUUAAAACACAAUUCAGUCAUUUAUGGUGCUCUUCUAUGAUAACCUGACAAAUGCCCCACCAUCCACCCCAUAUAUCUUAUAUGUUAAAACUGUAUUACCUGUCUCUAAUUUAAAGCCUGAUCCUGCUAAACUUACUAAUUACUGCCAGUUGCAGACACACUGAAGUCUAUGGGACUAAUCACAGUAGAAAGCAUUUUGCUCAACAGUGAUUAAAUGCAUGGUUUAGGCCCUUAUGCCUUGAUCUUGCACUGGGUUCCAGGAUCUUCCACACAGAGUUCAUUGCAAGAUUGGGGCUUAGACUGUAACGUCCUUGGGGCAGGAACUAUAUUGUUGAUUAUACGGUAUUUACACAGCAUUGCGCGUACUAUGACAAAUCAAUAAAUCAAUAUCACAGACAUGCUACUAUCUUUAUUUUUAAACUAAAAAUAGUACAAUGGUUUCACUUAACAAGUUUCGUCCAUUUUGAAAGAUUCUGCCAGUUUGAGAGAUAUUGAAUGUACUUAAAAUGGAGAGUACUGCUGGAACCCAAAAUAUCUAAUCAAACCAGAAACACUGUGUGAUCCCUUUGCGUCAUCCUCAGAAUCUCUCUGCCUUCCUUCCACUGUCUCUUAGGAUGGGGAAUGGAAAGGAGUGGGGAAUAAUUAAGAGGAUGAAUAAGUGCAUAUUUUGCAAUGAAUGUUCAGUCUAAUGUUUGUAAUAGUGUCCAAAAAUGUGAUUUUUACAACACAACUGUAAUUUUGCAGUAACUUCACUUCAGAAUAAAAAUGUAUAUUCUUAAAUUUAAAAACAAUUGUUAAGAUUUAAAAAAAAUUACUCCCUGUAAAAACUGUCCGCAGAAACUGAAACACAGUUUAAUAAUAAAUUUCCAUUGUUGUCAGACAUUCUUUCUGGUUUAUUCAGAAAGACUCAAAUGGAUAUUACUCAUACAAACUGAUUUGUUAAAAACAAGUGUGUGUUUCACUAAAGAGAUAAACAUCUCUUGCAUUUUUUUUUUGCCAAACUUACUUAUAGGAGGAAAAAAACCACUGAGACCAUAAUCAACUUUUCAUGGGUUAGAUAUUCAUAAAAGUCCUCUUCCUACUCCUUAUUAUUGACUCACACUUUACUGCAUACCCAAGGGACUGCAUAUUCUAAAAACAAGGAAUGAGUAAUCAGGAAAAAGAUGUUUCCCCUCUUCAAAGUAUUCACUAAAGCAUUCCUCUUUUUAAAGUACUCAACACGUAAUGCUUGCCUGCCUUGUGAUCCAACUUGUACUAUAACAUCUUCUAUAGCAAUUUUACCGACAAUGUUCACUUAACCUAAACAUGGUGUAAUAUUCCUGCAGGCACAUUUAAAACAUAAACCACCCCCCAGAAGUUUUUCCAAGAGUGACUAGAAGGUGGUUGUUCUAAUUCUCAUUGGUUUAAUAACAAUAUGACAUGGAAGACUAGAGAUAUCUUUUUUGAGUAUCAAGAUGUACCAUAAGGUAUCAAUGCAUGUUCUUCAACAACUAGAGAAGGGUCAUUUUUAAGACAUCUUUGAAAUUAAUUCUCAGAAAAAAUUAUGAAAAGGAAGUCGUAGGACUCACUUGAGAAGUGACUCACUUGUUUUGACUGCCAUUUUGUUUUUUUUGCUGUGGAAAGGAGCACAAUGGCAGGCAUGUGUCCUGCAAACUAGAAUCUUAAGGGCAAUGAAUUAAAUGUAUCUACAUCUAAGGAGCAUUCUGCUCAGUGAGCAUUCUAAAGGGCUGAGUUGCUAUUGUAAACUACCAAUCGCAGUUUACUUUAGCACAAAAUAAUGUGUUUGUUUUCUAACAAAGGAGUUCUACAACAACAUCAAGGCAAAACCACUGGGUGCGAUUAUCAAGUAAUCCAUUUUUUGGGCAUAAAGGCAUUUCUACUGUGACAAUUACUAAUUAUGCUCCAGUCAUGGGUAGUUUAUGAUAUUUCUUAAUCCUUUUAACAUGUUACUACUUAAAUAUCAGACCUCAAAAAAUUCAAAUAUUGCUGGCAAAUUGAUAAGCCUAAAACAGAGCUCCAGUUACUCACUUGUACAAAACUAUUAGCUUUUCGGUAAACAAUCUAGCUUUGUUCUUAGGAAUUUAAAAUUGAUCAUAUCAUCCAGUAGACCACAUGAACCAUAAAUGGCUUUAAGCUCCAAAAUACUAUACUAGAUAGUUUUUAUUGACCCAUAUGUCAAUACUAAACUGGUUAGCUGGCAAGUUCAUAAUCACCAGAUGUAAUAUUCACAAUUCAGGAUACUGGUAGGUUGAAUAGUCAGUCAAGAUAUACAUAAAUAUUUCCUAUCGUCAUGGUAAAAGAGAAUACAAAAUUGAAAAAAAAUCAAUUGUAAGUACUGAGCAUUGGUAAAUUUCUGUUACGUACAACAGUAUGUAGUUAUACUAUAUUUGGUACUUAUUCUAUUUGAAUCCUUCAUUGUAAAUGAAAAUUCAGAAGACAAUGCAAUGCCCAAAAUAACCAUAUUUACUAGUAACAAAGCAGAAUGACUAUAUAAUAUUUAAUCACUGACUUCCACCUUCUAUUCAAAGCUGUCUCUAUUAACAAAUCUUACAUUCAUAUGUAUUACAGAAGCAUUCAAAAGGAUGAGAUCGUACAACCAAAAUGAUAAAUACAAAUGAAGUGAGGGCAAAUAGAAAACAGGGCCAAAAUAUAGCCACACCUGACAGCAUCCAGUGUCAUCUAUCAAGGCACUGUGACAAGGAUCAUGCUAUUUACAGGUCAAUGGUGCCUUGUAGAGAGGUGAAAACAUCAAAUCUGAAACCAGGUAACACGGUGCUCGAUGACAACAGGGUCUCUAUGAAGUCAAGAUGCAAUGGUUCUACCAAGGCAGAAUCUACUUGCUUUCUUCUCCAUUGUCAAGAAAACUGUUAUUGAGAAGAUGAUCACUUUUCACCUGUGGGGAUAAGUCCCUCUGGUUGGGUAGAUCUGGGGUUGUGAAGUCUGAGGCAAAUCAUUUAUGUUACUGUAAUGGCACCCAACUGCAAAAGUCUUUUGCCACCUCGAACAUUUUAAUCAAAAUGUUUCUCCAAAAUGUAGCCCAUUUCCAGAUGGUUUCCUUGCACACAAAAAAUGCAGCUCCUAUCCCAUCCUAUGGAAAGCAGAGGCUGCAUGUGUGUUCAGGACAUUCCUGGGGCAUGGUGGCUAAACAGAUCUAGGGGAAGAAUCCUAGUCUGGGCAUUAUGGAGUAUGUCCCAUCAGGAUCCAUUCAGCUGGACUCCCCAGUUGCUUUUUUCCUGGACAACCUUGCCCAAGGGCAAAGCUGAUCCAUCCUAGUCUGCUAGCACCUAAUAAAAUGGUAUCAGGCUGACAUUAAGCAUGGACCUAUAAGACUCCUUCAUCCAGUGGACUCCCCUCAUCCUCUGCACAGGCUCCAAACCCUAAUGGGUUUCCCAAACAUUUCAGAUUAGAGGCAAAGCAAAGGUGGAACACAAGGUACCUAGCAAGCUUCCUCUUCUGAGAAAUUUCUCUGAACAACACCUCACCUCUGUUGCAAAUAAAGGUGGGUGUGAGGUGGGAAGAAGGGGGUAAAUGCCUUUCAGGGCAAGUUGGGGAGCCUUCCCAUGCUCCAAGAAAGGAGCAAAGUGGAACAAAGAAACUGUUCCAUAUUGCACUCUUCAUAAAGACAUUGUUUCAUGAAGUUGACUACCUGUCUGUAUCUACUGGAGGAGGGUCUUGAAGCCAGUCAUGGGCAGCUCCAUUGAUGGUGGCCACUCCAACUGUGGGAUGGCUGAAAGAAGCCAUGAGAAACCCUCCAUUUUCCUGGUGAUGGCCGUUGAUGGGAUGGGACUUGGAGGAAGUCAACAGCCAGUGGAGCAGAAGAAAAGGGGGCAGGGGGUUUGAAGGGUGCCAUUGCCUCCUCAUCGUUCCCUACGGGUGGCCAUUGGGGGUUAUCAGGAAGCACCUCCCACCUCCAUGUCCUUGAUGGCAGUCCUUGGGUGGAUGGGCUUUGAAGUAAGCCCUGGCCACCUUGGGUUCCUUCACGGUGGCCACCCUGUCCCUGAGGGAGAUGGCAGGCACCCCCUCCCGCAGGCUCCCAGAAAUCCCUGACACUCAGCUACCACCCUGUGAGCCCCACAGCCUGCCUCGCCCUUGGGCUGGAGGCCAGCCUGUCACCCGUCUCCCUCCCCUGCCCUGGCUGUGCCACCACAGGUCCGGGCUCCCCCCUUCUUGGCCGUGGAAAGAGUUUGAAGCGCACCCGGCUGUCCGGGGAGGCGGCACGUCGGAGGGCCCGGGGACUUUCCCUGCGGCGUGUGGCGGGGACAGCCCUCGCCCUCCCCUAGGCUGGAGCGGGGACGGGGCGGGCUGAGGCCAGCGCGAGAGAGAAGCCAGAGCGCGCAGCGCCCUGCUCCACAGCGGGUUACGCCAGCCAGCCCCGCCGCCCGCCCGCCUGCCUCCCUCUCUCGCCGUCUCUCCUCGCCUCUGAUUCUGCGCACAGCCGGCCCCAGCGCCUGUCAUUCUGCACAGCACAGUUUACUCCACGGCGAGCGGGGGAGACAGAGGGAGAGGUGGCGAGGAGGCAGCCGAGACGCCAAGUCCCGCAGCCCAGCAUGGCUUCGGGGGACCUUUACGAGGUUGAGAGGAUUGUUGACAAAAGGAAGAACAAAAAGGGCAAAUGGGAAUAUCUUAUCAGAUGGAAAGGCUAUGGAAGCAAUGAGGACACCUGGGAACCUGAGCAUCACCUAUUGCAUUGCGAGGAAUUUAUUGAUGAGUUCAACGGACUACAUGUCACUAGAGAAAAGCGAGCAAAACAUGGGAAACAGACCAGUGCACCAAAAUUUUUACGAGAAAGCCGAGGGUCAUCUGUUGAGAAAAUAUCACACAGACCUUCUGAAUCUGGGAAGGCCAAAGGGUCAACACAUAAAAGAAAGCGAAUUAACCCAUCUCUUCAAAAACAGAAAAGAGGGUACACAGCAAAGCCAGCACCUGCUGGCGACAGAGCCGCUAAAACCGUGACUUACCGAACUACGCCCAGUGGUUUACAGAUCAUGCCAUUGAAAAAGCCUCACAAUGGCCUACAGAAUGGAGAUUCCGGUCACGAGAAAGAUUCUAGACAUUUUGGGAAUGGCUCACAACAGCAAAACAUGGAUUUAAAUGGCCACGAAGGAGAACAUGAUUUGCCCAGCAUGCUGGAGGUUAAUAAUGAUGUGCCUGUUGUGAAUGGAAUCGGUUCCUCUCUGGCCAACGGAGGCCUGAAUCUGCACAGCACUGUGAAAAGGAAACUGGAUGGGGAGAAAGAUUAUGUCUUUGAUAAGAGACUAAGGUACAGCGUGCGUCAAAAUGAAAGUAACUGUCGGUUCAGAGACAUUGUGGUCCGGAAAGAAGAUGGUUUCACACACAUUCUGCUCUCCAGCCAGACUUCAGAUAACAAUGCACUGACCCCAGAGUUAAGAUCCAGUGGGGAAUGUUCUCUCAGUCUUCCAUAUUGGGAGACACACACACACAUCAUGAAGGAAGUUCGGAGAGCAUUGUGCAAUGCAUCAGCUGAUGACAGUAAACUCUUACUUCUCAGCGCAGUGGGAAGUGUAUUCUGUAGUGGCCUAGAUUACUCCUAUUUAAUUGGCAGGUUAUCCAAUGACAGAAGAAAAGAAAGCACUAGGAUUGCAGAAGCUAUAAGGGACUUUGUAAAAGCUUUUAUUCAAUUUAAGAAGCCAAUUGUAGUUGCUAUCAAUGGCCCAGCUCUUGGGUUGGGAGCUUCUAUCUUACCACUGUGUGAUAUCGUUUGGGCAAGCGAGAAGGCUUGGUUUCAGACCCCAUAUGCGACGAUCCGACUCACUCCAGCCGGCUGCUCAUCGUAUACAUUCCCACAAAUACUUGGUGUUGCUCUGGCAAAUGAAAUGUUGUUCUGCGGGAGAAAGCUAACGGCACAGGAAGCCUGCAGCAGAGGACUUGUGUCACAAGUAUUUUGGCCAACAACAUUCAGUCAAGAAGUGAUGCUGCGAGUAAAGGAAAUGGCAUCUUGCAGUGCAGUGGUAUUAGAAGAGUCUAAAUGCCUGGUGCGGAGCUUCCUGAAAUCUGGACUUGAAGAUGUGAAUGAAAAAGAGUGUCAGAUGUUAAAACAGCUGUGGAGUUCUUCCAAAGGACUGGAUUCAUUAUUCAGCUACUUGCAAGACAAAAUUUAUGAAGUCUGAAGUCACAGUUUCACUUCAAGAAAAAACAUUCCAAGUGUAAACAGAGUUCAAACAUUACUUGUGUUUGAAAAGCAGAGGGAACGCAUCCUUGAGAUGAAUUUGUGACAGUGUAUCUUAAUACAGAUGGUUGUGUCAAUUUCCUUGUGAGCUAAAUUGAGAAGUUACACAGCUAUUUUGUGUAAUCAAGAUGGAGGCAGGCUUGGUCAGUGCACAUAAAUUCUACUGAGUGCAUCAUUCACAUGCUCAUCCAGUUAGAAGUGUACAUUCCACGUGCUGAAAAGCACUACUAUGGCCCAGUAAGGCACACCAUCUGUAAUGACUUAUUUUGUCUGUUCUUUUUUUAAACUUAUUCUUGCUUUGCAACAAAUGUCUGUGCUGACACUGAGGGCUCAAUCUGAAAAUCAGGUCACAGUAACACUCUGCAGACCGAGAUUACUAUACUUCAGAAAUAUUUUAAUUAUUUUUUUAAGUUCUAACAAUGUAAUGGAAAAACCUGAUAAUUUAUAUGUAUAAUAUGUAAAGUUAGUUUUGGGGUGGGGGAGGGGGGAACUACUAGGAUUUUUUUCUUUCAUUGAAUUUAUUUAACUUAUUUAUUUUGUGUUUGUAUGCAACUGUUUGUUGAUCAUACAGAUAUUAUUUUCAUACUUCCCUUGACUGGAUUAAUGGUUUCACAUGAGAAUGCAAGUGCCCCAGUGCAUUUUUAACAGUGAGGUGUGUGUAUAUAAUAAAGAACAUACAGAAAUCAUCAAAUGUCUGGGCACUAAUAGUGACAGCCAUGUAUGUACGUGUUCCUUUAUGUGUGAAAUUGUACAAAGAUGUAUUGAAGUCGAGUUCUAGUUUGUUAAACUUAUUAAGGAAAAUCAGUGGAAGCUGCAAUUGUGAGUCCCACACAAGUCUCUCUUCACUUCCUGCCUUCUUGAAGAGCAUUGAAGGGCUUGCCAACAAAAUGCUUUAAGUUUACUAUUUUCCUAUUAGCUGGACAUUAAUAACAGGGUGUGUGGUGCCCUUAUGUGGCAUUAUAUUGUUCUUCAGGUUUAAACAUCUCCUUUUGGUCUGAAGUCUAGAAACAAACCCUUGUGAGCCUUAGUCUAACUGCCUGAUUGCUCAAUUGUGGGAUAAUUAAUACUCUGGAGGCGUCUGGGUCUGAGAUAGGAGUUUUAUAAAACGGUGCUAGGUUUUGAACUGGGUGGAGACAGAGUUUUUGUUUGGCUUUUCCAGUACUCCAUGGCUGGCCACCCCAUGAUCUAGUUAUGAACAAUUAAUUAAUUAAAAGUCUAUGGCUAUCCAUAAAAACAGUCCAUAAGUGACCAAAAAAAAUAUCUAAUUUGCGGUUUUAAAAUGUGACCCUAAUAUUUUUCAGUGAUACUGACUUUUGAACCCUAGAUUCAAAAGUCUAGCAGGCAGUUAGGGAGGAAAUAAUAUGAACACAUUCAGUGAAUCGAACUGCCAUGUUAGUAUGCCCAAAUCAAAAUCUCUCAAAGCAGAAAAUUUGCACCUUUGUUUCUUUAGUGAUUUGUGCACUUGUUCUCCAUCCUUGAGCUCACUGACCAGAUUACAGUUUAAAAGAACCACAAGUGAGCUGAGGGGUUUGUUCAUUUUUUCCUUACAAUCUUUCAAAAAAAGAGUCUCAAUAAAGUCUUUGUCAGAUUGCAAACCGACAAUUCUAGUGAGCGGUAGGUUUCCACAAAGUCCAUCCAUUUUUUCCUUUUUCAUAGGAAAAUGUAAAGUACCUUCCAUUUACAUUCUAUAUAUGUUCCUAGGGCCAAAUUGUGCCAUUGAUUUUUUAUUAUUUUUUAUUUAUUUUUUUUUUAAGCAGAGCACUAUGUUGAAGUCAGAACUCUUCCCCCCUUCCCCUGCCCCCAAGUUCUGCUUAAAGUAAAAAAAAAAAAAAAAAAAGGCAGAAUCUGACCCGUAGUUAGAAUAUGUUUAAAUGUCUUCAAAAAUGCAACAUUGUACAUGAUUAUGAAGUGACUUAUUUUUCAGUGGUCUAAAACAAAGGGUAAUUCUUUCAGUAAAAAUACGAAAUGGUUGAUACAGCACUUGUUAUACGUUAAGGGUUGCUUACUUCUUAGGCCCCCUAGCAAAAUUGAAAUGUGUGUUCAGGUUACGCACAUGCUUAAAGGCUUUGCUGGAUCAGAGCCAUAGAACCCAAUCUCAUAAGCAUGCACACAAGUCACUUACUAGUAGUCCCAUUGACUUCAAUGGGAUUAGUCACGUGCGUAAGUGUUUGUACAAUCAGGCUUUCAGUAUGGGACUUUAGAAAAAUCAGGAAAAGUAUCAUGAUGCCCCAACUUCCAUUUUUUCUUUUAGUGGUCCAGAGAGGUACAACUCCAGGUCAUGUAAAAUGUGUCAAUAAAAUACUAGAAAGUUUAUUUCAAUACUGUGCUUGUUAUAUGUUGAUAUAUCUAGGAAAAUUGCUCUCAGCAGUAUGAAGAUGUGUUUUACCACAGAAGGUUUUAGAACAAAAAAGAAUCAUAAUGCAAUCAACUUUUUAAAUGCAUCAUUUCAACUGCAUUUUCAAAUAUUCACAUUAAUAUUUUGUUUGACAGAGGAAUGGUUGAAAUGUGUUUUUUCAUAAAAACCGCUAAUCAUAUUUAAUGUUUAAUUAUUCAUGUCUAAACAGUUACAAUCUAGUUUCCAUAGAAUUUGUUUUUCUUUCAGAAAAAGGCUAAUAAUUUCAAAAUCUUCCUUUUCGAGUAUUUAAGGCUCAGAAUUGAAUUUCUUUUCUGUUUCGGUCUUUACUUGCUAUUCAGAUACAUAGAUAUACUGUACAUAUUAGUCUGGGUACCUUUACUAAUAUUCACAGUAUUUAAAAAUAUAAAUGCAAUUUGUUGUUAAGUAUGUUAUUUUAUUCUUGUGUAAAUUGUUUUGUACAACCUUUAAAAAUCUGCAGUUUUGCAUUUGUAGAUAUUCAAGGUAAGCAAUUUAUUUUGUGUUGUCUUGCAUGUAUAUUUUUUGCUGUAGAUAAGUGUUGUUUAGUUUCCUACUUCAGUACAUUUCUGUUUAAAUGAAUAAGCUUACAAACUUUAAUACAGUAUAUAUUUUCAGAAUAUAAACUUUUAUAUUUCUGUGGUAGAUUAGGGUAUGCGUUUUAGGCAAUCUUUUUCACUACUAUUAAUUCUUAUUUUAAUCUAUAGUAUACUGGUUUUGUGCCAAUAGUUUUUCACUAGAAUAAAAUGCUCUUUUAAUAUUAGGGAUAUACAGACAGGUUUGCUGGUGGUGGUGGGCAGGUUUUCUGUUUUGUUUUGUUUUGUUUUUUGCCAGCCUUGAAGUAACUGCGUUUAAAGUGUAAUUUGUAAAUUUAUUGCAUUUGUGAAUAAGCCUUACCAUUAGGUACAACAAAUCUUAAAACCUCGCAACUGCAUAUGUAAUAUUAAGGACUUCCCCAAAUAAUCUAAAACAGUUGGCAAAAUCAGAGUACAGGGCCUUAAGUUUUUCUUGUGAAAAGGAUAAUACGGGUUGUUGUUUUUUGUUUUUGUUUUUUUAAAACAACAUAGUUAGAGACUUGUCAGUUUGGGCUUUGUUCUAUAUAAACUGUGCAUAUUGUUCUCCCAACCACAGUAGUUAAUCUCAGGCUUUUUGUGGCUGGGUCUAUAAAAGUCAAAUCUGGCUAAAGCCAGCACUCUUUAGGAGGACACUAAAGAAGUUUACAUAAGAGACUUAUAGACAAUCUUAAUCAUAGUACAUUUAAGUAUUCACUAUCCUGGAUGUGUUAUCUGUGUCUACCCAGUUAACCGUAUGUUUUAAGCCAUAUUAAAUCUCUUUACCACUACUUUAAAUACUACACUGAAAGUUAUUCCCUAACUUACCAACAGGUUGACAGGCUUGUGAUUUCUAGUGAAUAAAAAUAUGCCUUCCAUAAAAACAAAGGACCAAAGAACUACAUUAUUCUAACAGAGCAUUAGUUACUUAGCAAGUGAACUAGUCUGACAUUUAUAGUGAUGAUCAAAUGGUCUCUUCCUGCUAUGAACAUUUCAUUCUCAUUCAUUUUGAGCAUAAGGGGGGAAAUGUAUCCACUAGACUUAUUGGAAAAUGAGCAAUGUUCUGCUAAGCUGGCAUGUCUAUUGGUAAGGCUUAUUACCAAACCUCUGAGAUGAAGCAAAGAACCAAAAAUUCACAAAAUCUGUCUAUGUACAUUUAUUUGAUUUCAAACUUGUAACUUGCACAAGAAAUUAAAGGUAGAAGUUUGCAAAUUAGGCCCUUAAGUUAUUUUGUCAGAAUGUCAUGGAACAGACUAAAACCGUUUCUAAUAUUUGUAAUGAGUACAUAAUAUAAUAUUAUAAGGGUACAGGCACCCCUUUAUCACAGUGUUGUAAAUAUUUUCUGAAACUGGUAUAGAACGGAGGGACUUGUAUCUUGAUAUAUCAAAUAUUGACUGUCUACAUCAAAUUGUACACAAUAUAUUUGUUGAUGGUCCUGUAACUAGUGUAUGGACACAUUUCUGGGUGCCUUAGAAGUUGUAUUUUUCAUGUGUGUUAAUAUGCAGUAUUUAUACAUUGUGAGAAGCUGCUUUGAAUAAAAACAUUGAAACUUCA